GCUUCCUAAAGAGCGGAAACAGAAGUGGAGACAGGCAGAGAUCACGUUUGCUAAUGGAGAAACAGUGCUUCUCUCCCAUCUGAAUGCCAGAAAAGACUUGUUGGGGCUUUAGUAUAAAGUUGAUUUUAUUUUUCCUUCCUUUGAGGACAAGGAGCAGAACUGUUUACAGUAAUGAAUCUGCUGCAGAUUUAUUUUCUUACAAAAAGAGACUGCUUGAAAUCCACACAAGAAGGAAGAUCUUAUGAAACACUAGAAAUGACAGGCAAUCAAACUUGUCUCACUCUCAGUGGCUCUGGAGUCGAGUUGCUUCAAGAAGAGUUCUUCACAGAGCUGUUUCCAGGGAUCUUUCAUUAGGUGCCUGAUUCAAAAGGUGAGAUUGAAGGUGAAAUGUCAACAGAGGUGCCAAACAUUAAACUGAAAAUUGAUCCUCAGGAUCUGCAGAUCCAGACGUUUACCGUGGAGAAACUACUGGAACCAUUGAUAAUUCAGGUUACUACGCUAGUGAGCUGUCCACAAAAUCCUUCUAGCAAGAAAAAGGGACGUUCCAAAAGAGCUCGUGUCUUGCUAGCUUCUGUGGAAGAAGCCACUUGGAAUCUAUUGGACAAGGGAGCAAAAAUUGCCAAGGAAGCAACUAUAUUUAAAGAGGAACUUCAUUCAGCGCUCCAUGAUGUCCGCAAAGAGAGUCAGGCCUUAAAGGUGUCAGCAGAGGAGUUUACCAGUGAUCCCUGCUACCUACCCAAGAGGCAAGCUGUUGUCCAAGCAGCACGGUCUCUGCUUGCAGCUGUCACGAGGCUUCUUGUUCUGGCAGAUAUGGUUGAUGUGGCAUACCUAUUGGAACAUUUAACUGUGUUUCAAAGAGCAUUUGAAUCUCUGAGAAAUGUAUCCAGUAAAUCUGAUCUACAGAAAACCUACCAGAAGUUUCAAAAAGAUCUGGAAAAUCUUGAUUAUUUGGCAUACAAACGACAACAGGAUUUGAAAUCGAGCAGUCAACGGGAUGAAAUUGCUGCAGCACGUGCAAGUCUGAAGGAAAAUUCAUCUCUUCUACAUUCAAUAUGUUCAGCUUGUUUGGAGCAUUCAGAUGUUGCAUCCCUUAAAGCCAGCAAGGACUCACUUUGUAAUGAAAUACAGAAUGCUCUCAGUGUCAUUUCUAAUGCUUCCCAAGGAGUUAGAAAUGAAAUGGGACAACCUACAUCUCAUACAACUACUCUAGGAAGUGCCCUUGAUGAGCUUGAGAAUUUAGUUGUCCUGGAUCCUCUUGUAGUGAAUGAAGAGAAAAUAAGGCCAUCACUAGAGAAACGUUUGGAAGCUAUUAUUAGUGGAGCUGCUUUGCUAGCAGAUUCUUCCUGCACACGUGACUUUCAUCGAGAACGCAUCAUUGCUGAAUGCAAUGCUAUCCGCCAAGCUCUCCAAGACCUGCUUUCUGAAUACAUGAAUAACUGCUUGAACAGGUGGCUCUCAAAUACGGCAAGCUGUCAGACUGACAAGAAAGAAAGAAGUAAUGCCCUGAAUGUUGCAAUAGACAGUAUGUGCAAGAAGACAAGAGACCUUCGCAGACAGCUUCGUAAAGCCAUUAUAGAUCACAUCUCAGACUCCUUCUUAGAUACCACUGUUCCACUUUUAGUUCUCAUUGAAGCUGCUAAAAAUGGAAGAGAAAAAGAAAUAAAGGAAUAUGCUGCUAUAUUUCGAGAACACACCAGCAGGCUUGUGGAGGUUGCUAAUCUUGCUUGUUCAUUGUCAACAAAUGAAGAUGGAAUGAAAAUUGUCCAAAUGGCAGCUAAUCACAUAGAGACUUUGUGCCCGCAGGUUAUUAAUGCUGCUUUAGCUCUUGCUGCCAGACCAAAAAGUCAAGUUGUGAAAAACAACAUGGAGAUGUAUAGGAGUACGUGGGAGAAUCACAUCCAUGUUCUUACCGAAGCUGUGGAUGAUAUAACAAGCAUUGAUGAUUUUCUUGCUGUUUCAGAAAGCCACAUUCUUGAGGAUGUAAACAAGUGUAUCAUUGCAUUGAGAGAGCAAAACGCUGACAACUUAGAUCGUGCAGCGGGCGCGAUCCGAGGGCGUGCUUCAAGAGUAGCUCAUAUUGUUUCGGGUGAGAUGGACAAUUAUGAGCCGGGGGCUUACACUGAGGGAGUGAUGAGGAAUGUUCAGUAUCUGACAAAGACUGUGAUUCCAGAGUUUAUUAGUCAAGUAAAUACUGCGUUGGAGAGCUUAAACAAGAACAAAAUGCAUCUGUUCGAUGAUAAUCAGUUUGUGGACGUUUCUAAGAAGGUCUAUGAUACAAUUCAUAAUAUCAGAUGCUCAGUCAUGGUGAUUCGGACACCUGAGGAGCUAGAAGAAGUAUCUGACCUCGAAGAAGACCAUGAUGCACGUAGUCGUACAAGUAUUCAAACUGAAGGGAAAACGGACAGGGCAAAGAUGACUCAGCUGCCAGAGGCCGAAAAGGAAAAGAUAGCUGAACAAGUGGCUGACUUCAAAAAAGUCAAGAGUAAGCUUGAUGCAGAGAUUGAAAUAUGGGACGAUACCAGCAAUGACAUCAUUGUUUUGGCCAAGAGGAUGUGUGUGAUUAUGAUGGAGAUGACUGACUUCACAAGGGGGAGAGGCCCACUGAAGAACACAUCAGAUGUAAUUAACGCAGCAAAAAUGAUUUCAGAGUCAGGAUCAAGGAUGGAUGUCUUAGCACGCCUGAUUGCCAAUCAGUGUCCAGACCAGUCGUGUAAACAGGACUUGUUGGCUUACCUGGAACAGAUCAAGCUGUACUCCCAUCAGCUCAAAAUCUGCAGUCAAGUUAAAGCAGAAAUCCAGAAUCUGGGUGGAGAGCUCAUCAUGUCUGCUUUGGAUAGUGUCACUUCACUAAUUCAGGCUGCCAAAAAUUUAAUGAACGCUGUGGUGCAGACAGUAAAGAUGUCCUAUAUUGCGUCCACAAAGAUUAUCAAGAUUCAGAGUCCUACUGGCCCGCGACACCCUGUUGUGAUGUGGAGAAUGAAAGCUCCAGAGAAGAAGCCCCUAAUUAAAAGAGAGAAGCCAGAAGAAAUCUGUGCAGCUGUCAGAAAAGGUUCUGCAAAGAAGAGAAUCCAUCCCAUUCAGGUCAUGAGUGAAUUCAGGGGCAGAGAAAUAGUCUGAUAUUCUUUCACUUUUUGCGUUUCCUGUCAGGAAACGCUGUUGGUUUUUGCAUCUUUUCCCCUCCACUUGUUUAGUAAUUACAGACGCUAAUGUUUUGCUUUUCUCUACAUCUGUAUGUUAACGCUUAAGUUACUUCAAAAUGUGGUUGGAUUAACUAGCAGCACACGGUUGGGGAAAAAAAAUCCUCAUUCUCUUGCAGUGACAAACCAUCACCACCAUGUCUUUGUACUGGCAUGUUUUCAGCUGAGCACUCGGCACGAUACAUAUGGGACUGUGGUGUAACAAGGGCAGAUGUAGUUGGCUUUCAUGUAGUUGGAAGGCAGGAUGCAGUGUGCCCGACCGUGCCCAAACUCCUGCCGCGUUCUCCAGGUUUAGGUGUUCCUUCUCCGGGAUCAUUACACAGUGAUGAAAACGUGUGUGCUUGCUGAUGUUCCCCGGGGAUGUAGGCUCUUCACUUUUAUCUAGAUUGAAGGACCUAAAGGUCCCUCCCUCUGCUCCCAACCUCCAGCCUUAGGCACAAACACAAGUGGAAAUGUAAGUCUGAAAGUGUUUGAUGAAACAAAGUGUUGUAACAAUGAGGACGCAAUAAUGUAACAAAAAAGCACUGACUAAGGUAACAGUAGCGACAGCUCUUUCAAAGGCUUCUUAAAACAUUAACGUUAAUCUGUUAAUGUGCCUGUUAAUCUGCAGUCUGUUCAUGUGCCCAGCCUGCUCUGUGAAUCCUAAUAGAUCUGACUGACCGCUGUAUUUGGCAGUUCAGGUAAAUCAGGUAUUAACAAUCAACACCUUUUUUCUAACCACAGUACAAAAGAGGAAACAAAUAUGGAGCAUAUCAUUAUCCUGAGAUGAGCGUGUGAAAUACAAAUAUGCUCUACUUAUCUUGCAUCUGAAGAAUGAUGAAAUUUUUUUGCAAGGUGAAGCGAGUUAAUGACAUUUUGCCUCCGGCACUCAAGUCCCAAAUGCAGAACUCUGCCUUUUAGCAACUUGAUAAACGACUACAGUGUAUUUCAAAACAUGUAACAAAGGUAAGGGCUAUCGGUACGUAAUCACAACCAGACUUCUGUAGAAUACUGAGAAGAAAGAAACCUUUUCUCUGGAUCUGUUUGAAUCCACCUGGAUGCAUUCUUUUUUAAAGCAGUGAACCUGUCCUCGCUCCAUGUCGCUAAGCUUCCACAGAUGCCGCUUGUGACUUAACGCAUCUUUGCCUGCUAUGUUUCGGUAUUUGCUGAAGUCACAGGACUCCAUCAAGUGGCAGAGCUUUAUGAUAGGUAAUUGACUGCCAUUACGGGGAGGCUCCGGAAUAUGGGCUGCUGCUCCACGUCGUUUAAUGUCAUAUUUUGCCCAGCAUUCAACCUGCCUAGACGGAUGCGGGCAGCAAAAAUAAUCACGAGCUGUAUUUUUCCUCGUGUGGCCACACAGUUUUUAUGCUUGGAGCAGUAGAAUUUCCAAGCUGUUGGUGAGGAAGACCUAUGAAAUCUACAGUGAUCAUGCACCAGUGAUCUCACAGAUGACAAUUCCAGCUUCCCCAAAUGACUCCAAAUUUACUGUCGGUUAAAUGAAACAAAACUAAGGAGAAGUUAGGAAAAUUAUUUACACCUGAAAAAAAAUCCCCCUCCCGUAUAUUUGCCUCAAGAUCUUAGUAACAUAUAUAGGUCUUCACUCUCUUACAUCUACAACUAACAGCCAAGCGGAGCAGGCCGAAGCAGUAAAGAGCAGGCCAUACAACCUACUGAGAAGUGGCAGAUUAAGCAGCGCUGAGAGAAGGACGGUCUGUGGUAGAGAGCACAAGAGGGUACAGUAUUGUCACAUCUUAAAGCUAAAACCUCCCAGUGGUAUUUCAGCUUCUGCCCCGCCCCUUUUUGACUACCCUUCCAGCAAGGUUCAGAUCUAAAAGCCGGCAGGUGAGGUCACCAUAAUCUUGGUUUCUGGGGGGGUUUUAUUCUCUUAAUAAAUCUCUGUGGCUCUGGGUUACCCCUUUGAUAUAGGUCACCUUGCUGUAAGCUGUUUGUAAUUAAUGCCUUUCAUUGCAUUGAAG